AUGUAUCCCCGCAUCACUGCGCACAUCCCCGUGGUACAAAGCGCCACAUCGCUGUCCGCCUCUCUUUCAAGACGCCCGCCUCUCUUUCAAGACGCCUGGCUCGUCAAGCCACCGACGAUGGAUUGGGUAAGAGCAACCUUUAUCUACCCCACAUCCAACAAACACCAACACCAAGCAAGAGGAUCCACUAUGGUGCGCCACACGCCUUCCGCAAUCCCUCCAUCUUACUUAAGCUGCACGGUACCUUUAAACCGCCACUAA